GUAGGCGGCUAGUAUUGUACCAGUUCCUCGGAUGAUCCAUCCUUUGUGUGCGUGUUCACCAUGAGGACCUGCAUGUUACAUAUUCACUGCAUAUAUGUAUUAUUGUUAGCUGCAGUAUAUCUAUCAGUGCUGGCUGUCGCCCAAGACGGCCAGCAACUACAACACAACGUACUCAACGAUCAGACAGAUGAAAGUAACGGAAAGGAGAGUUUGAAAACUUUGGAAAGUCAAAGUAGGGACAAGGAUGAGGGCGAUGUUGGUAUGGAGGGUGAUAGCACUGACAUAGUAGAGGACCCAUCGAUCAAAGCCACAGAGGACAUUCUCAGAGAUUUAUUGCUAAGUGCGCACAGUGACAAAGCCAGUGAGUAUGAGGCGUCCGAAGGAGGCAACGCGGAUUAUGCUGAUUUAAUUGAAGACAUUAGGUCGCAGAGUGAGGAGAAUGAUCUCUUAGUAGUAACCAAAUACGGUGAACAAGUGCGUGUUGAGAAGAUUGUUCUGGACUUGGACAAUAAUGAAGCCGGUGUUGAUGGUGCCUCCGAAACAAGUGCUGAGAUGGUCAAACAACUGCUAGAAGGUGUGCUGGCUGGAUUGAAUGUAGGAAACGAAGUGCAGAUUAGAGAGUUUGAAAUAGAUCUGACUCCCGGCGAGGAGAAUGUGGUAGAGCUGGCUGAUGCGGUCUAUGAGUCAGGGGGAUCCUUAACGCUUGCUUUUGGCGGUCCCAUACCUUUAG